AUGUUGCAGUUCCGAGCAAAGACUCCGUUCAACAACAUUGCUCAAGAUUCUCUCUUCACUCUUUUCACCAAACGAUUUGGAUUGGGUUACAGGUUUUUGUCUUUGUUAUGCCAACCAGAGAACAUGGUUUUGGAUUCCAAAGCUUACACGAAACUUGUUCAGACAGCCGCGAAAUCUCGCUCCGCGGUUCUGGGAAAGCUAGCCCACGGCCACAUGAUCAAGUCAUCCUUCAAACCGUGUCUGUUUUUGGUGAACAAUCUUCUAAAUAUGUAUUGCAAGUGCGGGGAGUUGGGUUUUGCACGCCAGUUGUUCGACAGAAUGCCUGAACGAAACAUUAUUUCUUUUAAUUCUUUGAUUUCUGGGUACCGCCAGGUGGGAUUUCAUGAACAGGCCAUGGGAUUAUUUCUUGAAGCUAGGGAUUAUAAUUUGAAGCUUGAUAAGUACACCUAUGCCGGUGCGUUUGGUUUUUGUGGAGAAAGGUGUGAUCUCGGUUUAGGCAAAUUGUUACACGGGUUGGUUGUUGUAUAUGGUUUGGCUCAUCAAGGUUUUUUUAUCAAUUUGUUGAUCGACAUGUAUUGCAAGUGUGGAAAGCUUGACCUAGCAAUGUCCUUAUUUGAUCGAUCCAAUAAGAAGGAUCAAGUUUCAUGGAAUUCUUUGAUUUCUGGUUAUGUUCGGGUUGGUGCAGUGAAAGAAACGCUUAAUCUGUUGGCUAAAAUGCAUAGAGACUGUCUAAAGUUGAGUACUUAUGCUUUGGGAAGUGCGCUAAGGGCUUGUUGCUUAAACCUGAACGAAGGAUCGAUGGAUAAAGGUAUGGCUAUUCACUGUUACGCAGCAAAAUUAGGGAUGGAAUUUGAUAUAGUAGUUGGUACUGCAUUGCUUGACAUGUAUGCAAAAAAUGGAAGUUUGAAAGAAUCAAUAAAGCUUUUUAGUUUGAUGCCUGGCAAGAAUGUGGUUACGUAUAAUGCGAUGAUUUCUGGGUUUCUCCAAAUGGAUGACAUAACCGAUGAAGCUUCUAGUGAAGCCUUAAAGCUUUUCAUAGAUAUGCAAAGACGGGGAUUGGAACCCUCACCAUCGACGUUUUCAGCCGUGCUCAAAGCUUGUAGUGCCACGCAAACCUUGGAAUAUGGAAAGCAAAUCCACGCGCUCAUAUGUAAGAACAAUUUUCAGUCUGAUGAGUUCAUUGGGAGCGCUCUAAUCGAGCUGUAUGCAUUAAUGGGUUCAACUGAAGACGGAAUGCAAUGUUUUGUUUCAACAACAAAGCAAGAUAUCGCCUCGUGGACGUCGAUAAUUGAUUGUCAUGUCCAAAACGAGCAGCUUGAAAGCGCAUUUGAUCUGUUCCGACAACUCUUUUCAUCCCGUAUAAGACCGGAAGAGUAUACAGUUUCACUUAUGCUGAGUGCUUGUGCUGAUUUUGCUGCAUCAAGCUCAGGAGAGCAGAUUCAGGGUUAUGCCAUAAAGAGUGGAAUCGAUGCUUUCACCAGCGUUAAGACCUCAAGCAUCUCUAUGUACGCAAAAUCAGGUAACAUGCCGCUUGCGAAUAAAAUAUUUACCGAGGUAAAAAAUCCAGACGUUGCUACAUACUCCGCUAUGAUCUCAAGCCUGGCGCAACACGGAUUUGCUAGCGAUGCCUUAAAUGUCUUUGAGGCGUUAAAAACCAGCGGAUUCAAACUGAACCAGCAGACGUUUCUCGGCGUUCUAAUAGCUUGUUGCCAUGGAGGAUUGGUCACACAAGGAAUGAACUAUUUCCAAAGCAUGAAGAACGAUUACGGGAUUAACCCAAACGAGAAACAUUUCACUUGCCUUGUCGAUCUUUUAGGCCGCACAGGGAAACUAGCAGAUGCUGAGAAACUGAUUUUGAGCUCAGGGUAUCAAGACCACCCAGUGAUGUGGAGAGCAUUGCUGAGUUCGUGCAGGGUUUACAACUACAGCGUAAUUGGGAAACGCGUUGCAGAGAGAUUGAUGGAACUCGAUCCCGAGGCCUCUGGCUCGUACGUAUUGUUACACAACAUUUACAACGAGUCUGGAGUCAAUUCUUCUGCUGCAGAAGUUAGAGAGGUGAUGAGAGAUCGAGGAAUUAGGAAAGAACCAGCCUUGAGCUGGAUCUUGAUCGGUCAAGAAGCACAUUCCUUCGCGGUCGCUGACUCGUCUCACCCGUCGAGCCAGAUGAUCUACGCGAUGCUGCAACAACAGUUAGAGACCAUGAACAAUGUAGAUUUUAUAGACGACACUCUUGUUUAUGCUUGUUCUGCUACAUGA